CAUCUCCAUCUUCCUCUGUUUUCUUCCGUUGACAGACCUCUCAUCUCUUCCUUCCAUUUACAGCUUUCUGUGCGUUACUCGAUUUCUUAUCGCCCCCAAGUCAGCUUCUCUCUCCUCAACUCAGCUUUCAACUCUCUCUCUCUCUCUCUCUCUCUGUGAAACCCAGAAAUCUGAAAAUCUUGGAAUUUUCUCGGGAAACAACCAAGAAAAUAUCGGGAUCAUUUCCGUUUCAGAUCUCUCCACCUCUGCCGCCACAGCAGAGUUCGAAGUUGAACUGAAACCACCGAUUUUUUCUGUGCGUUACGGGGAAGGAUCUGAAUAUUCUUCGAGGGUUUCUUGCAAUGGCACCUACACCUACACCUUCGGCCAAGUCAAAUCAAAUGGCUGCUUAUACUCCUUCAUCGAAAUCAAAUCAAGCUCCUACUCAUCUAAAGACACCCCAAACAAAGCUUCGCCUGAAUUUCAACUUAGCAAAACCCUCCCCAAAUCCAAACCCUACAAUCAAAGAAACCCCACCGGCCGAGCACCCGGUGGAAGUGAUCGGCCGGAUCCGGGACUACCCCGACCGGAAGGACAAACCCAUAUCCGCAUUGCAGAUCAAUCCUGAUCGCCAAUCUCUUCGGGUACGUACAGAUAUUGGGUACCAUGAUUUUAGUCUGGAUGGGGUAUCGUUAUCAGAAGAGGAAGAUCUCGAUGUGUUCUACAAGAAGUUUGUGCAAUCUAGGAUUGAUGGUGUGAAAUUGGGGGCUAAGUGCACUAUAAUGAUGUAUGGUCCAACCGGGUCGGGCAAGAGCCAUACGAUGUUUGGGUGUUCCAAGCAGCCGGGGAUUGUGUACAGAUCUUUGAAAGACAUAUUAGGGGAAGGAGAUGGGGACAAUGAUAGGAAUGAUCAGAGUGAUGGGAUUUGGCCAUUUGUUCAAGUUACUGUCCUGGAAAUAUACAAUGAAGAGAUAUAUGACCUCUUGUCAACUAAUAGUGGUGGAGGGUUAAGUUUUGGUUGGUCUAAGGGCAGCGCAUCCAAGGUAAAAUUGGAAGUUAUGGGAAAGAAGGCAAAGAAUGCCACCUUUAUCUCUGGAUAUGAAGCUGGGAAGAUAUCGAAGGAGAUCCAAAAGGUUGAGAAGCGAAGAAUUGUUAAAAGCACACACUGCAACGACAGGAGCUCUCGAAGCCACUGCAUGAUAAUCCUUGAUGUCCCAACAGUGGGAGGACGACUUAUGCUGGUUGACAUGGCAGGUUCUGAGAAUAUUGAGCAAGCUGGUCAAAAUGGUUUGGAAGCAAAAAUGCAGACAGCUAAGAUCAACCAAGGAAAUAUAGCACUAAGGAGAGUGGUAGAGUCAAUUGCAAAUGGUGAUUCGCAUGUGCCAUUCAGAGACAGCAAGUUAACUAUGCUUUUGCAGGAUUCAUUUGAGGAUGAUAAGUCGAAAAUUUUGAUGAUACUGUGCACUAGCCCAGAUCCCAAAGAGAUGCACAAGACAAUUUCUACUCUGGAAUAUGGAGCGAAAGCAAAAUGCAUUGUUCGUGGUCCUCAUACGCCACUAAAAGAAAAGAAUGGCAUUGAAGAUUCAUCAUCAGCGGUUAUUUUGGGAUCAAAGAUAGCAGCUAUGGAUCAGUUCAUUUUCAAGCUUCAAAUGGAAAACAAACUUAAAGAGAAAGAGCGCAAUGAAGCCCAUAAAGAACUAAAGAAGAAAGAAGAAGAAAUUUCUGCUUUAAGGGCUAAACUUGCACUAGCAGGAGGGAAGGAACUGGAGACAAAUGAGGAUGAGAUCAACUUGAAGGUUAAGGAGCGAACCCAGAGGCUGAAAUAUGAAUUAGAGAAGAAGAUACAAGAAUGUGAGAAAAUGGCAACUGCAUUUGUGGAAAUGGAGAGAAGGAAGAUGGAAGAAAGGAUAUUGCAACAGCAACGGGAAGUUGAAAUGCUGAGGCAACGUUUAGAGGAAAUUGAGUUAGAGCUGUGCCAUUCAAGAGACAGAAAUGAUGAAGAGAAUGGGGCUAGCAACAUGAAUGGAGGCAGCAUUGCUAAAAGGCUGUUAGAGAUUUAUGGUGAUGAGGAUCCAGGGAUGGAGAAGUCAAUGGAUUUGGAUAAGUCCAUCGAUUUGGAUAUGGGUAGACAAGAGAACGUUGUCCGUGAUGUCAAAUAUUUUGAUGGUGGUGCUAAUAGAACUGGCAGCAAUUCUAGGCCUGUCCUUUGGAAUCCCACAAAUGUCAGUAGAAUGAAUGAUGUAGACCAUGAUGCUAUUGCCCCAACAUUUGCCAACAGAAUGUGUUUGAGCACUGUAUUUGAGGAAGGGGAAGAAGGAGACCAAGAUGAAAGUAAAGAGAAAUCAGGGGAUGAAGAAGUGCAGAAAGAGGUGAUAGAGGAGAAGACAGUAUAUACCAGUGCCACAAUUAACGGCUCCAGUCCAGUGCUUCACUUCAAUUCAGGGUCUUUUGCACCAUCUCCUCAAAACUACACUGCAAUGACAGUUGACCUUUCCAGCAGAAAUAUGCAGAAUGAUUAUUCUAGAGAUAGAUUAGAGGAGAAACUUGCAGGCUUAGGGUUGAGCAGUGAACCUGAAAAUCCCAAGGAGGCAGCUGCUUCUAGGCAGAGAAGAAUCCAAAACAUAUUCACACUUUGUGGAAACUAUCGGGAGCUUUCUCAGCAUAGUAGAACCCCAAUUCCUGUCAAAAAGAGUUCUGAAAGUUUUGGUUUCCACUCAUCUGCAGUGAAGCUAUUUGGUGAUGAUUCUACCAUGAAAAGGUCUUCUAAUGAAAUAUCUGCAGAUGUGUUGGUAUUGGAUAAACCUGAUAACAAGCAGAAACACGCAGAACCAAAGACAAACAAAAUUCAGGAUCCUAAGGAGUUUGCAGUGGCUUCAAAGGAGAACAACCCCCCGUUGGAAGCAAGUACCGGUGAUCUUCUUGAAGUGUAUGUGAAAUGGGAGGUGUCAAAGGAAAACAUUGGAAAAUUUAUCACCAAUCUUAAGGUCCAAAAGGAUGCAACCCUUGCUGAUCUGCGCAAGCAGAUUAAUAGUCACCUUGGUGCAGACAAACAAGGAUUCACAUUUCUCGAACUUGGGGAUCCCACUGGAGCCCCAGUUGCUAGAGAGAAGGAAGCCACAAUGCAGGCAAGCAAACUGCCGAUUUGCAGCCAGCUACGAGGCCACCUAGCUUGCCUGCGUCCGGUGAAAGGGAUCCUAGCUCCUCCUCCCAGGCAUCUUCCACUCAAUCCACUGGAAAAUAUACUCAAUGUCACAGCAAGUUGAUACCUUCUCAUAUUAUUUGUUGUGUCCAAACUUGCUUAAUCCUUUUGGUGUGCAAAUUUGUACAUUGUAAUCUAUGUUGAUUGUUGCAACGAACACAUCCAGGGUAGAUGUGCACUCCUAGUGCAGUUUUUUCAGUGUUUUUUUUUCAGCCCUUUUUGGUCUUUUGGAGUGUCUGGCUUUUAAGAACCAUACAAUGUACAAUUGCACUUCUUUUGGUGUAGAUUGGUUUGUUGCAUGUGAUUGAUUUGUAAGUUAUCUCAAGACAGAAAAUUCUGUCUAAAUCUAUGCUGAAAAUCUGUUGUUAUGAGUAAA